UACUGUUUUAGAGAGGUCUAAGAAGUUAUAGCAAAAAAACAAAUAGUUUAGCUGUUUUUUAUAACAGCCCAAAGCCUGCCUAACAUUAUAUGUUUGAACCUUUUCAAGCCGCAGACUUUGAGUUAUAAAAAGCGAAAUGCUGCUUCAUGAUUUGUCAAACACGCUGUUAGCACUAUUAGCUGCUAGCUAGCACGUACAGUAGCAUGUGAACUAUCACAGUUUGUUUAUGUUUCGACCAGCUUGUCUAUUAACCUUUGAGCUGUAUUAGUUUAUCCAUUAUCUAUGUAGCUAAAUUAAUUGAAACGUGUUUGUUGCAGUGCAUUUAGGCUUGUUAACAAUAGAGUGAUACUUAUUGUUUGUUUAUUCAUCUAACAAAUGUUUCUUAUGUUUUGGUUUGUAGUCAGAAGAUUUAUAAUAACGCUUCUUAUUUCUUGUUUUUGAUUGAGACUCUGUUACGAACUUUAAAAUAGUGUCCAAGUAAAUAUUCUCAACCAAUCAGGUUAUUGUUAUAAAUUAAACCAUAUUUCCUCAGACCAUAUUCAAAACAAUGUUUACAGUCUCAUACAAAUCGUUUAGUGUUUGGUACUACCUAAAACAAAUGUCAUCAACUACAUUUUCUGACAUUUAAAAAAACACUGUGUCUGCUUGAUUUAACAUAAUUAUAAUAAUCACUUUCUUCUCCAGGGCUCUUAAAACAACUUAAACACAGUUUAAAAGAAGAAAUGAUGUGUUGGAUUUAGGUCCUUCUUUGUAUUCUGAGGCAUCGAGCGACCACAGCGAUGCCUUAUCACUGUGUAGCCUAUGGAUGCGGCAAAACGGCAGAAGAUGGUGUGGCACUGUUUAAAUUCCCCAAGGACCAGCAAGAAUUUCUGAAAUGGGAAAAGCAGGUCCAGAGAACCCGCAACAAUUGGGUCGCCACACCAAACUCUUACCUCUGCAGCGAGCAUUUCGGCAGGGAGUAUUUUGAACCCAGACCACACACAGCGGCUCCGAAGCUGAAGCCUGGAGCGGUUCCUACGGUGUUUGUCCGUCCACACUGUUCCUCCUGCAGCGGAGUGGGCUGCAGCAAGUGCCUGCCUGCUAUCCAACGCCGGGGCAUUACAGCCGAAUCCAGUUUAGACGAUAACAAUGGAGGAGGUGAGAAAGAGAAUCCAGCAGGAGGACGGGUUAAAGCAGGACAUAAAUACACAGAGGAUAGACCAGCAGUGUGUGAGAUGUGUGGCACCACUGGCACCUUAAGCACCUUCUUUUCGAGGACCAAGCGUUUCUGCAGUUUAUCCUGUUCACGUUCCUUUUCAUCGAACUCCAAGAAGACCUCCAUUCUCGCACGCCUGCAGGGAAAGCCACCGUCGAAAAAAGCCACAGUGCUGAACAAGGUGAACAAAGCUCCUGCAGCCCCAUCGGGAGCAGAAGCAUCGCCUGCUCGUUUUGAGUGGGGUGCCUACUUGGAUAAAGAAACGUCUCUGGCUGCGUCAGUGUCCUGCUUCAGACAUGCCCCGCUCUGUGCCCAGUGGGACGACAUCCAUGUGGGGAUGAAGGUGGAGGUCCUGAACUCAAACGCAGUCCUGCCCAGUAAAGUCUACUGGAUCGCCACGGUCAUCCAGGUUGCAGGAUACAAAGCUCUGUUGAGGUAUGAGGGGUUUGAACACGACAGCAGCCACGAUUUUUGGGGCAGCCUCGUGUCAGGAGAGCUGAACCCAAUCGGGUGGUGCGCCAUGACCAGCAAGCUGCUGGUGCCACCGAAAGAUGUAAAUCAGAACAUCCCAGAUUGGAAAGACUAUCUGAUGAAGAAGCUGGUGGGGGCUGACACUUUACCUGUUGACUUCUACCUGAAGCUCGCAGAGAGCAUGAGGACCUCCUUCAGAAUCGGCUCGCGCGUGGAGGUGGUGGAUCCCAAACACGUGAGCCGGACCCGCAUCGCCCUCAUCGACUCGAUUGUCGGCGGCCGUCUGCGGUUGGUGUACGCAGACCAAAGUGACGCCCCUGAAAACGUUACCCUCGACUUCUGGUGCCACAUGUGGAGCCCCCUCCUGCACCCGAUAGGCUGGUCCAGCAGAGUGGGUCAUGACAUCAAAGCACCCGUGAACAGUAUGGAAGCAGCUACUUCCCGGGGACACUCCGACAGUUCAUUCCUGCUCUUUAAGAAGCCCAGGUUUGUCUACAUGGACGGGUGUUUCUUCGAGGAGGGGAUGAAGCUGGAGGCGAUCGACCCUCUUAAUCUGGGGAGCAUCUCUGUGGCCACUGUGCACAAGGUGUUGUUAGAUGGAUACCUGAUGGUGGGUAUCGAUGGCACCAUAUCCAACAACGGCUCUGACUGGUUUUGUUACCACGCCUCGUCUCAUGCCCUCCUUCCUGUGGGCUUCUGUGAGAAGAACAAACUCCCUCUCACUGUACCUCCAGGUUAUGACUCCAAGACCUUCACCUGGGACAAAUACCUGAAAGAGACCAGAGCUCGAGCCGCACCAUCAAGACUGUUCAAUGUUGACUACCCGGGUCACAGCUUCUCCCGCAACAUGAAGCUGGAAGCGGUGGACCUGAUGGAGCCGCGCCUGGUGUGCGUGGCCACAGUGAAGCGCUUCGUGGGCCGCCUGCUGCUCAUUCACUUUGACGGCUGGGAGGACGAGUUCGACCAGUGGAUCGACCACCAGUCCCCGGACAUCUACCCCGCUGGCUGGUGUGAUCUCAUGGGCUACCAGCUGCAGCCGCCACCUGGACUCGUGAAUUUGUUUGAGAACCAAAGCAAGAAAGCCAAGCCUUUUAUGUUGAGGAAAAAGAAAAAGAGGAAUGCAAAAAAGAGGCUCUCUCAGGAACAAGCUGAGGAUGCUGCUUCUCAGGAGCACGAUGGCCAGCCUGAGGCCACCGGCACCGACAGUCCUCCAGAGCCUAAAGAUCCAAGUCUUCCUUCAAAACAUCCUAUCAUCAAGCCCAAGUCUGAGUCAGAGGAGCAGGAGAUCUUUGCAGUGCACGUGAAAGUUGAAGAGGUGGAGGUUGAGAUGGAGACGCCUACUGAACCUCCAGACAACCGUAAACAGCUCCCUCUAAGUAUAAUUAAAAUGGAGGAGGCGGGGGAGCAGAGCGAGGCACGACCACAUCAGGAGCCAGAGCGGAGCAGUUUGAAAAACAGGGCACAUGGGAAGACGACAAAAAGGGCAUCAGCAGCCGGGAGACGGACAAAGUUUUGCUCAUUGGAAAAGAGUUGUAAUGAAGAAAGCAUCACGGAGAAAAGCAUAGAAGGAGAUGACAGUGCUAUGGAGGACAUUUCAGAUAUCAAUGUUGAGCAGGACACAGAGGACGGGGCUGUAGAAAUGGACGAUUGAGAUGUUUGCUUGAAGAAAAAGUUGGAUGAGCAAAGAGACGUGUAACAUCUGUCAAGAGAGCCGGUAUAACUUUUAAUCUUUGGUGGUUUAAAGUUACAAUCCUACAAAUGUCAGUCCUGGUUAGAUGAAGAGCAUGUUAACAGCAUGUGGAUACACUAAGUUUUUAGGGCUAACCUUUCAAACUUCUGCAUUUUGUUAGGUACGACAGUGAUGUGGCUCUGAGUGAUUUAACAAACUGUGAGGCUGCAGUCACAACAACACGGCUGGAUGUUUUGCUAAAUGUUUCCUGUAAAUCCCUGAGUUUAACGUAGUAACCAUUACGGUUACCAUUGCUGUGUUUCUAUCACUGCUUCAUGUGACUGACUGCAACUGAGGUGAGCAUCCAAGAGUACAAAGCUGACAAACUCAAACCUGCACACUUGGCUCAUCAUGAAUGUUCCAGACUAUUACCUGCUGCAUCCGUCUGCUCAGCCAGACUAUAUCCCGUCUUCUUAAUACUCAAGAAUCUAAGGGCCAAAUGAGAAGGCAUGCUACACAUUGACAGACAAUGUCGGGAUGUUUUCAGAAGUGCAGUAUCUUUAUGAAACGGGCUUUAAAGACGUAAUUAUUGAAUGCAUAUACAUAAAAUAAUGAUUGCUGUAAAAUGCCGACCAUAAACAGUUUGGCAGACCAGGUUUGAUUUGAUGAUAUUUCAAUACGUUGAACACACUGGACAGCCCACAAGGAGCAACUUCGUCAGUGUUGUAACUACCUCACUUUAUCUGUCAAACUCUGAGGACCUUUGUGCAUAAUGUGGUUUUUAAGAGUUCAACAUGACUUAUCAUUGAGAGUUAAACAUGUGGACAUCAUCCAGAGAUGUUUGAUCUUUCUGAGCUAACAGAGCAGACAGAUGUUUGUUGUAAGGUUUUAUUUCUCCAUGGUCAGAUCCAGAUGUUCUUCUGUUUUUGUAAAUAUGUAAUAUUUUAUUAAAAAAAUAACUUGAUCAUAA